UGCAUACCGAUCAUUCUGGAGGCUGUCAGACAACUUCCUGGAGUACAAGUUCAUCAAUAUCUUAUCCUCACAUCUCUAAUACAUCUAAUUAAUUCUUUGCCCUUCAAAGGGCCGAGUUUGAAAGUUACUAAACGGCCAACUCAGUAACCUGUUAAUACCUACUAGGCAAGAUGCCUGGAACAAUAUCAGAUGGACCCUCUGUCACCAUGAGUUUUGCAAAUAACUUUUGGGGGAAAGAUGACGCUGGUGUUGAGCCAUUGAUACAGCGUAUGGUUCAUGCUAAACAAACUUGUGAUGAAUUGAAAUCUUUCUAUAAUGGUAUGUUUACAAUUGACGCGUAGAGUUGCACAGCUGAUAAAUCGCGAAGCUCGUGCCGCCCUGGAGGAGGACUAUGCUCGUAAAUUACUCCAGUUAUCACGAAAGCCAUUGGGAUCUCAAGAGUCAGGAACUCUGCGCAAAUCAUUAGAUGUCCUGAAGGCUGAGGUUGAGGCGAUGGGAAAAGCGCAUCAAACAAUUGCUGCACAAAUGAAAACCGAGUUGGAGGAGCCGCUGGCGGCUUUUGCUGGUGCAAUGAAGGAGAGACGAAAGAUUGUCCAGCAUGGCACGGAAAAAUUACUAAAAAUCAAGGUACAACAGACAAAUCAGGUCAAUAAAGUAAGACGCCCGAACUUUAAUCUUGAAUAUUACUUACCUCAAUGUCAGACUCGAGACAAAUAUGAACAAGAAUGCCUCAAGAUCAAAGGAUACCUCGCUCAAGGACAUAUGGUAAUGGGACAGGAAGAACGAAAAAAUAAAGCCAAACUCGAGAAAACCCAAGUGAACUUAGCGGCGUCGAAUACCGAGUACGAAAAUGCAGUCAAGAUUCUCGAGGAAACAACAGGCCGCUGGAACAGAGACUGGAAAUCGGCCGCUGACAAGUUUCAAGAUCUUGAGGAGGAGAGACUUGAUUUUAUGAAGAGUAGCUUAUGGAGUUUUGCGAAUAUUGCUUCCACCGUUUGUGUAAGCGACGAUGCUUCUUGCGAGAAGGUUCGCCUCGCGCUUGAAGAAUGCGAGGUAGAGAAAGAUAUCAUGUCUUUCAUAGCUGAAUGUGGGACUGGACAGGAGAUUCCAGAUCCGCCAAAGUACAUUAAUUUCUGCCGCGGUGAUGCCGAUUCACAGUCUGAGGCUUCCGAGGACGAUGCUUACUCGGUAGCACAAUUUCAACGCACUAUAAACCCAGCCUACAGAAGUUCGUCACCACAACCAUCCACCUACGAGUCUCACCACGACCCUCAAUCGGCUCUUGCUAAGGACUUGGCUCAUGAGGUUGAAAUGCCAAAAAGUCGAGAGACAACCUCCACUCCUCAGAAACUUGUGGCAUCAAAUUCGACCCCGGACAGAUCACGACAUGCCCAAGUCGAGGAUUACGAACCAGAACCUCCUGCACAGGCCCCACCUCCCCAAGUGGAGUAUCAACAACCGGCCAGACCUAGAGCUCAAUCUCAGGCUGGGGCGGGCCGAGCUCGUGCCCAGCCUCAAAUCGAUUAUCAGCAGUCUGGAAGGCAGAGGCAGCAACCUCCGCAAGAUUAUCAGCAAGCAGAAAGGCAAAGGCAGCAAGUGCACACUAAUCAUCAACAGGCAGAGAGGCAAAGGAAACAAUCCGUCGAUUAUCAACAAGUUGACAGACAACAACAGAGCGAAAGACAAAAGCAGGCACAAGCUCAAGCUCAAGCUCAGGCUCAAGCUAAUUACCGUCAACAAGAACGCCCGAAACAAGCUCAGCUUGAAUAUACUCCUCAAAUUUUGCAACAGCCCCAACUUGAUUAUCAACGUCCUGAAAGUUCCAGGUUACCUAAGAUGGACUGGUCAAAACCAAUCCAAAUGCCAUACGAACAGCAACAAGGCCAGUUGGUUCCCAAACAAGGCCAAAUUGCUCAGGUGCCUCACAACCCUCAUCCUACGGAUGGCAUGACAAUGUUGUGUCGAACAGGGCCUCCUUCAGCACCGUCAGAUAUGAGCUCCCCCGCGAAUAGCCCAGUAAGACCAUCUAGUCGGGAUUCUCAAAGUGAUUAUUCAAACCCUACAUCAUUCUCCAGCCAGGAACCUCAAAGUGGCAAAACAUCACCGGUGAAGCAAAGCGCCCCGAUCAUUGAGAAGCCCAUCCAGAAGAGAAAGAGUGGGAUCUUUCAUAGUCCAUUCCGACGAAAGAGCACCAAGGGUGGAGAAGAAGUAGCUGCUGUUGCUAAACCGGCCGCGUCAAAUCGCAGUACUUGGUCCGGUCGAAACACCAAUGUUCAGAGUACUUCAUCUAGACGACCUAAUUCAAGAAUGAUACAGCCAGCACCACAAACUAUGAUGCUAACUGAUCGACCUAGCAAUAGCCCGGAACCCGUCGAUCCACGGGCCAAUUUCCAACUGAAUAUUGGAAACAAUGUUUUUGAUGUCGCAGCACCGGAGAAGAAGAACAAUUUUGCUCAAAGUGCCCCUGCCGCAGGUCAAGCAGUCGAGGAAUCUGACCCCAUAGCUCAAGCUCUUGCUGAUCUCAAAAUUGUCACCAAAGCCUCGUCUACUAGGGUGUCUGCUGAUAAAUAUCACGGCGUGGCUACUCCCGCUCCUGAUGCAGCACCCACUUCAAGACCUAUAGGAUCUCAAAUGGUGAAUGGAGCUUUGAUGGCCGGUAUGCGCGGUACUCCCCCGCCAUCUUACGAUCCAACUCCUGUUGAGAGACUUGGCCUUCCAUCGCCCGCUUUCACCUCGAAGUCAAUGCAGCAAACUCGUCAAAAGUAUGUCGACCAAACGGCAAACAUGUUUAGUGCUCCCCAACCAAGACCAGAUUCACAGCAAGCUGGGUAUGGCUCACGCCCAGGAACAAGGGGAUCAGAUAUGCCUCGAGCAACAUCACCAGCGCCUGCUCGAAGUGUUUCACCUCGACCUGGAACACAAGCUGAAAUUAGACAGGCCCACAGAUCUGCUUCCCCAAAAUACGCCGGAAGCACACACUCUCGUACCGGGUCAGCUCCUCAGCAAAAACGGGGCUCUGACACUUAUUAUCAACGCAAUUCUCCAAGUAUUUCUACUCGUGGUGUCUCGCCGGUUCCAUAUGCACAGCAGGAUAGACCCAGUAGUAGCCAUGUAAAAGCUCCCUUCCAGCAACAGGAGAGGCCUAGCAGCAGUCAUGUCAAGGCUCCAUUUGCUCAACAAGAUAGGCCUUCCAGUAGUCAUUCACACAAUAGUAUGGCAAUACAAUUAGCACCUGGUCCUGAUGAUGGUUAUGGCUCUCAAGGACGAAGCGGCAGUAGAGCCAGUGCUGGUUCCAGAGCCAUGAGCUAUUAUGGUGGUGGAAACGAUCAACAAUUGACGGCUCGAAGCAGAAGUAAGAGUGUUGCAGAUGUUCGCCAGUUCAAUAGUCAAGGUCGACCUAUUUUACAUUUUGGUAAGUUGGCGGCUUCCAAGUAAUUCAAUUUAUACUAAUAAUUCAAUAGCUCGCGCACUCUAUAUGUAUCAAGCGGCUAUCCCCGUAGAACUAAGUUUCGCAAAGGGAGAUAUCCUUGCUGUUAUGACGCAUCAAGAUGAUGGAUGGUGGGAGGCAGAAGUAGCUGGAAAGAAUGGUCGACCCGGCUUGGUACCAAGUAAUUAUCUACAAAACUGUUGAGCCCCUCGAUAAUUCCGAGGCAGUGAUGAUCGGAUACGGAUUUGGUAUAUGACAUGAGGUUCCGUGAAUAUGAUAGCUCAUGAGAUGAUGAUGCGAUGUACGCAUUUGCGUGAUGAAAUUUUUCCUCUUUUUUUCCCUUCUUUCUAAUCUUUUUUCAAUUCACACAAGAUAUUCUGUCUACUUUUGACUUGUACUUGGGCAAUGGAGGAGGAUUUACGAUUUUUUAUUAUUCCAGGCAGCGAGAGCGUUAUGUGGAUGGGUGGAUUUGUAGUUAUACCUUUUUGAGAUAUGAGCUGUUUGGUUCUUUUGCUUUUACUCUUCGAUAUUUGCAGAUUAGGGAGCGGAUAAUGAGAACGAUAUUGGAAUUGGUGAGCAAAGAUUGGAGACUAUACACAAGCAAGCACAUAAAUUAUUUGAAGUAUGUUAUUUGGUAGUGAGGGUCAUUAAACAUAUACUUUCUCUUUCGGAGUUUUGCUUAGUGUCUCGAAAAGGAGAAUCCUUUUAUUAUUGUUUAUAUCAUCGAUCUUGGUCUCCUUCUUUCACAAGACGGCAUCUAUAUAUCUGGGCUUAAUAUAGCCCAGUCUAAACCUGGCAUACGAGAGUUUGAACCCGCUAUACCUAGGCAGUAUCUACUAGCUAGGUACCUGGCAAUAUA